UUACUAAUUCCCCCCAUCAAAUUUGAUACUCCUUCCAUUUCAGUAUAAAUGAUAUUUUAGAAAGAAUAUUUUGUUUAAUUUACAUGAAAUUUUGAGAUUUUAAGGUUAACUUUAAUUUUAAUAGAAAUUAUUUAACCAAUUAAAUUUUAUAAUAUUUUUUAUAACUGAUUAAAUAAUUUAAAAAUUAUAUCUUUAAAAUGGUUUUUUUAGAAAAAAAAAUAUUUUUUUUAAUCUUUGUGUAUUAAGGUAAAAUAUCAAGUAUUAUAGAAAGGAGAGAGUACUAUAUAAUGCAAGAUCUUGAGUCAGACGUGGGGAGAUGUUAUGCAAUAGUUGUUAAUUAAAAACUUUGUUGAGACAAAUAUUUAAAAAGAACCUGUAAUGGUAGUACUACUAGGAGACUAAUUAAGCUGUAUUAAGAACUUAAACACGAAUAAUUAAAUAAGAUAAUGUAAUGAAAAAAAGAGGGAGACAAGAUGCACGUGUCAAUGUGCCUCUCUUUUUACUUUUCAUCACUAACUUAAUAAUAACCUUUUUAUAAACCGUCCAAUUAAAAAACAGUGACGUCACUUCUCUCUCUCUCUUUCUCCUCCUCCUACGCUCUUCAUCUGAGAUAGAGAGAGAGAGAGAGAGCUUCAUCUCCAUCAUUAUCUCCUUCUUCUUCUUCUUCUUCUUCUUCUUCUUCACAACACACAUUGACUCUCAAAAUUCGCACAUUCACAAUCAACCUCUCAUGGAGAAACCAGAUCCUCAACCUCCAAAUGCCGCCGAUCCAAUCCCCUCCUCCUUCCACCGCCGAUCUCGCUCCGACGACAUGUCGAUGUUCAUGUUCAUGGAUCCGCUCUCCUCCUCCGGUCCCCCGCCUUCCUCCGACGACCUUCCCUCCGACGACGAUCUCUUCUCCUCCUUCAUCGACGUCGACAGCCUCUCCUCGAAUCCGCACCCUACUACAAUCGCGUUUCCGAAUCACCACGCAGCCGCCAACUCCGUUCCGUCCUCGUCGUCUCGUCCUCGCCACCGCCACAGCAACUCCGUCGACGCGGGAUGCGCAAUGUACGCUAACGAGAUCAUGGACGCGAAGAAAGCUAUGCCUCCUGAGAAGCUCUCUGAGCUUUGGAACGUCGAUCCCAAACGGGCCAAAAGGAUCUUGGCGAAUAGGCAAUCUGCAGCUCGUUCGAAGGAGAGGAAAGCAAGAUACAUUCAGGAACUUGAGCGUAAAGUUCAGUCUCUUCAGACCGAAGCCACCACUCUCUCUGCUCAGCUCACUCUCUUCCAGAGAGACACAAAUGGACUGGCCAACGAAAACACAGAGCUGAAACUCAGGUUACAGGCAAUGGAGCAACAAGCUCACCUUCGUAAUGCUCUAAAUGAAGCACUGAGGAAAGAAUUGGAAAGGAUGAAGAUUGAGACUGGAGAAAUCUCUGGUAAUUCGGAUUCCUUUGACAUGGGAAUGCAGCAGGUUCAGUACUCUCCUUCCACUUACAUGGCGAUUCCACCCUAUCAUCAUGGCGCAAUCAACAACGGCCAAGAUAUGCAGCAGAUGCACGGAUACAAUCCAAUGGAGGCCAUGUCCAAUUCUCAGAGCGUGUCUGAGUUUCUGCAGAACGGGAGAUUGCAAGGGCUGGAGAUAAGUAGCAAUAAUAAUAGCUCAAGCUUGGUCAAAUCUGAAGGACCUUCUCUCUCUGCUAGUGAGAGUAGCUCUGCCUAUUGACAAAGACAUACCAUGAGGUUCAUCAAUACAACUGUUAAUAGGCUUUAAAAUUCAUUUGAUUUGAUUUACUUUCUACUACUAUUUAUUAUUCUAUUUUUUUUUUUGAGGUACUGUGUUGGUGUUGUGUUGUUGUGAUUGUGAGUUUCAUUGUUUGCUACUCUCAUUGUUUGUUCUUCAAGGAACAAAUGAGAUUCUAAUAAAUUAUUGUUCCCUUUGGAAAUGAAUGUAUUUUGGUGCA